UUAAAAACAGGGAUAAUGCAUCUCAUGAUUCUCAUCUCACAAAGAAACAAAUUGGUGGGUUCUGUUCAUAAUGCCAACCAAUCUCUCGUAACCAAGCACAGAAGAGAACAAAACCCAAGGAGGGAGAGAGACACAGAGAGAGAGAGGGGAGGGGGUGGGAAAAAAAAAGCUCACACAUCUCAAUGUCCUCUUCUGCUCUUCACCUGAAAGCUAUUUAUAAAGCAAGAACCUUGUGCUUCUGAAAUAAUAAGUUACAUCCUCUCUCUCUCUCUCUCUCUCUCUCUCUCUCUCAUAUUCAAGUUUCUCACCGCUGACAAUUUAUUUUUAGCUCUAGAAGAUAAGGUUCGAAGCAGAGAGUCUGUAUCUUGUCCAAUUCAUGGAAUUUGAAGCUUUGCUCUGCUUUGAUGUUUCCCUUCUCUUUUGAUUCUCUCUAGCUUCCAAACUCUGAUUUCGUCUCUCUUCGGACGCUUCAGAGCGAAACCCACCUCAUUUCCACGCGUUAGAGAACUUACCCAUCUCAGGGAAUUAAGCACACAAAACCUCGUCAACAGGAACCCAGUCUCAGUAUGGCUGACGGGGAUUUUGAGGAAGAGGAGGUCUGGUCUUUCGUCAAGGAGAGGAAGCACGAGGGAGGGAGAGGCCGCUCUUUCUUGGUCUCAUCAUCACCGUCCCCUUCUUGUUCGUUUAAAAGGAUCCCUUCUUCUUCGAGGCUGAUACCGAGGGCCAAUGGCAAUGCGGAGGAAAACGGCACUCGGGAACAGAGGCAGUCUGCUCCUGUCGACAUCCCUGAUUGGCCCAAGAUCUACAGGUACGCCACAGUCACCGAAGAAGAUGAUGGUAAUGGUAAUGAUGAUGAUGAUGAUGAUCGACUCCCUCCGCAUGAAUGGAUUGCUAAGAAGCUAGCAAGGAGCCGGAUCACUUCAUUCUCUGUGUGUGAAGGAGCAGGGAGGACCCUCAAGGGGAGAGAUCAAAGAAAGGUGAGGAAUGCUGUUCUCACAGGAACAGGGUUCUUAGAGUAAGCAGAGGUUCUCUUAGGGGGGAGGGAGUAUGUGAAGAAAAAAAAAAUCCUCAUGGAGUUUAUGAAGCCAGUGCUGUUGCUGGAAGUUUUUGUACGUUCCCCUGUGCAACUUCUCCAUCCUGACAGCGCUGAGAUUUUGCUUAGUUAAGAUUACUUGCACAUGAUUGCUAUGUUCAGAGAAUUAUGUUUUCUGGAAAAGGGUUGAGAUCUUUUUGUUGUGAAAUUAACAUUAGUUCUUUGAGAAUUAUGUAUGAAUUUGUGCUCUAUUUCUGGUAGACCUAUAUAAUUAGUUGGUUAUAUUA